AUGGCUCAAGCCUUGGCUCCACCACCUCCGGUGAUCACCACCGUCGUCCCACAGCCGCCGCCACCACCCCAGCAAAAGCCCUACGCUCUACGAUACGUAACCGAUCUUCUUGGCCGGAUCGGUAUCAAAGACACAGACAAAGAUGGCAACAUGAGCCCACAGAGUCCAAGAAGUCCGAGGAGCCCAAGAAACAAUAUUCUCAUGGGGAAGUACGAGCUAGGGAGGCUUCUUGGCCACGGAACCUUCGCUAAGGUCUACUUAGCACAAAACAUUAGUUCCGGAGAAAACGUCGCCAUUAAAGUCAUCGACAAGGAGAAGAUCAUGAAGAGCGGUUUGGUGGCUCACAUUAAACGUGAAAUCUCCAUCCUCCGCCGCGUCCGCCACCCUUACAUCGUUCAUCUAUUCGAAGUCAUGGCGACCAAGACCAAGAUUUACUUCGUGAUGGAGUACGUUAAAGGCGGCGAGUUAUUCAACACGGUGGCUAAAGGUCGGUUGCCGGAAGAAACCGCUCGGAGAUAUUUCCAGCAGCUGAUCUCCUCCGUCUCGUUCUGCCACGGACGCGGCGUUUACCACCGUGACCUCAAACCGGAGAAUCUCCUUCUAGACAACAAAGGGAACCUUAAAGUCUCCGACUUUGGUCUCAGCGCGGUGGCGGAGCAGCUCCGGCAGGACGGUCUCUGCCACACGUUUUGCGGGACUCCGGCUUAUCUUGCGCCGGAGGUUUUGACGAGAAAAGGGUACGAUGCAGCGAAAGCCGACGUUUGGUCUUGCGGAGUGAUCUUGUUCGUGUUGAUGGCCGGUCACAUUCCGUUUUACGACAAGAACAUAAUGGCUAUGUACAAGAAGAUCUACAAAGGAGAGUUUCGUUGUCCUCGUUGGUUUUCGUCGGAUCUUGUUCGGUUGUUGACUCGGCUUCUUGACACGAAUCCGGAUACUAGGAUUACGAUACCUGAGAUCAUGAAGAGCAGAUGGUUCAAGAAAGGAUUCAAACACGUAAAAUUCUACAUCGAGGACGAUAAGUUGUGUAGAGAAGAUGAGGAGGAGGAGGAGGAAGAGGCGUCAGGUUCUUCUUCCGGCAGGUCUUCGACGGUUUCAGAGAGCGACGCUGAGUUCGAUGUGAAGCGGAUGGGGUCAAUUAAGAGACCCGCGAGCUUAAACGCGUUUGACAUAAUAUCAUUCUCGUCAGGGUUUGAUCUGUCCGGCUUGUUUGAGGAAGGAGGAGGAGAAGGGACGAGGUUUUUGUCAGGCGCUCCUGUUUCAAAGAUUGUAGCGAAGCUUGAGGAGAUUGCGAAAGUUGUGAGCUUUACGGUGAGGAAGAAGGAAUGGAGUUUGAGGUUAGAAGGUUGUAGAGAAGGAGCAAAAGGACCGUUGACGAUUGGAGCUGAGAUAUUUGAGUUGACGCCAUCUCUUGUGGUUGUGGAGGUGAAGAAGAAAGGAGGAGACAGAGAAGAGUAUGAAGAGUUUUGCAACAAGGAACUCAGACCGGAGCUAGAGAAACUUAUGCAUGACGGAACAGGAACAACACAACAAGAAGAAGUUUUUGUAGGAGAAGAAACAAUGUAUUUGCCAUCUGAUUAUAGUGAAACGAGGAAGGCUGAGAUCAAGAAAGAAACAAGAUGA